GUUACGCGUUGUCCGCAAUAGAAGUUAGUUGUCUUAAGUGCUUCAACCCAACACCGAGAAGUGGCCCAGACAGUGCGCUAAGAAGUCUAUCCGGAUUCGAACGUGGUUAAAUACGGGAAGGCUUAGUACAUAUAACCGUUCGAGCGCUCCAAGCCAAACCAUAUUCUAAAUGUGUGACCUGAAAAUCGCGUAGUCUUGAAUUGUGCGCACAAAUUUAAGUAUUUUAUCUGAGCAGGCGUUCGGUUUCAAUGAGGCUAGAUAGCUACCAAUAGUGUGACUCAGGAUACUACUUCGAGAAAACAAAUAUUUAACCACAUACUAUGGAAAUACGAUGGCUGUGGCAGAUACUUACAAUAGCAAUAUUAGUCAAAGCUUCACAAGGAUCAAAUGAAAAUCAAGAGGAAUCCAUUGAAUCAUCUAAGAACAAUACCAGUCACUGGUCAAAUAAGCAGGACAAAACUCCGUCUCAUCAGGACCAAUAUAAGGAAGAAUUUAUAGACGGAGAAUCAAACCAGCCUCAUUCCAGAAAGAAGCGGUUAAUUUGGGUAACAGAUGAUGGACGUUUAGCUCUCCCACCUGGAACUACACUAACCAUGACACCAACAAUUGCUAUGCCCUUGGUGCGUCAUCCACCUGAAGGUUUCCUGUCGAACAUAACUAUCAGUUUGCCGGUUUCAAUCGACUUUGACAAGCUUGGACUAACGGAUGAACAAAAUCCUUUGGGUGUCCUUCCGCCUGUUUUUGCCAGAUCCUUUGGACGUGCAGCUGGAUCGAUGCUAGGGAAUUACAUUGCGGAUUAUCUUCACUAUCGAAUGAAACGAGAUACUCAGGAUUCAAAUGAAGUAGCCAGCGAAAGUGGAUACUUUAAAAUGAAAAUAGAUUCAGCAGAGAAGUUGGUGGAACCAGAAAUGCCUGCAGACUAUAAGCAUGCAUUCCAUGGAGGAGAACGCGCCAUCCUCUACGGGAUCGUUGAGGAUUUCUUGGCUACAUUUGGACUCAACGGAAAAGCAUGUCUGCUGAGAACCAUUUGUGAAGUACACUCCCUUCCCUUAACCCGGUUUGGAGUCAUAGGAGAAAUAGUUAAAUUAUUUUUAACGGCCUCCAAAUCACCAUUCGCUGAUCAUAUAUCAGACUACGUUCGAGCACAGGAAAUAGGUGAAGGUAAAAUUUCACCAGGGGAAUGCUUCCCUUACUACAAAGAGUGUCCUAAAGGAUUAUUCAAAGUGUUCCGGAAACACCAGUACAGUGAGGACUCUGAACAUCAAGACCAUGAAGAGGAUCAAAAUGCGAUAAACCAAAGCUAUAAUGAAAUUAAAGGUGAUAUCUUUGAUAAGAAAUUAUUAAAAGAAGGAAUCCUGUCAAGAAGCGAUUCAAUGUGAAGGAGAGGAACGUUGAUGCCAUAUUUUUGCUAAAUAGGAACGAGAGUAAUCCAUAUUGGAAUUCUCCGACAGUCAAUAAAUUAAAAUGUCUCUUAUGUAUUUAUUUUGUAAAUGGACGCAAUGUAAAUCUCAAUCUGUAGUCGGUCUAUAUAAUUUUACUUGUUGUAAAUACUAAUUAUGUUAAUUGUUGUUGAUAUUGUAUUUAUUUAAUUUAUUCUAUUUGUUAAUAAAGGGCUAUCAUUCUACA